AAAGCGAAGGUGGCGGGCGGAUUUUGCCGCUCUCUGACUGCAGUCGCGGCGGCUUUAAGGAGACGAGCGGGGCUGCGGCGGCCGGAGCCCGGGGUAUCGUGAUGGCUUGGAGGUUCCUGAGAGACUUCUCGUGGGAACUGGAUCCUGCUUUGUAUGGAGACAGACAUUACAAUGUUUUUACCCGUGAAUUUUAUCCCAGCUUAGAAGAUCUUAUGGGAACUGUUGUUUCUUCAGGGACUGAUGAUGAUAUAGAUUCAGCUAUAUUAUUUGGAACUUUGCGAGGAAGUGUAGUUGGUUUACGGUAUUAUACUGGUGUGGUCAAUAAUAAUGAAAUGGUGGCUCUCCAGCGAGAACCUAGUAAUCCAUAUGAUAAGAAUGCUGUAAGAGUAAACAAUGUGAAUGGUGAUCAGGUAGGCCAUAUAAAAAAAGAACUGGCAGCUUGCUUGGCAUAUAUCAUGGACAAUAAGUUGGCAAUGGUGGAAGGGGUUGUUCCUCAUGGAGCAAAUAAUGCUUUCACUAUGCCAGUGCAGUUGAGUUUUUGGGGAAAAGAAGAGAAUAAGCAAGUACUUCUAGAAAGACUAAAAAUGCAUGGACUAAAAUUAGCUCCUCCAGGAAAGUCUUCUGAGUUUGGUUUUGGGACUGGCUGGACAUCUGGCAAAGGUAGAACAAGUUACAGUGCUCCAAGCCAUGGUGCUAUCCAAAUGACAACUGAACAGCUUAAAACUGAAUUUGACAAACUUUUUGAAGAUCUGAAAGAAGAUGAUAAGACCUGUGAAACAGAAGCAGCAAAAGCUGUUUUAACUCCAUUACUACCACAUCAGAAGCAAGCUUUAGCUUGGAUGAUCUUGAGAGAGAACAAUAAGGAUCUGCCUCCAUUUUGGGAAGAGCGAGAUAACUACUUCUACAAUACAAUUACAAAUUUUGCUGAAAAAAAUAGGCCAGAGAAUGUUCUCGGAGGAAUAUUGGCAGAUGAUAUGGGACUGGGCAAAACACUUACCAUGAUUGCAGUAAUUCUUACCAACUUUCAUAACGGGAAACCUCUACCUCUUGAAAAGAGAAUUGAUCAACUGGAAGAAAAAUACAUCCCUACUACAAAAAAUGACUUCAAAGAAGCACCCAAGUGUGACUUGCAGCUGAAUGCUUCUGAUUCAAAAGAGGAAAGUGACUCUCUUCCCUCGCAAUCUUCCAGGUCCUGUUCAGAAAGAGGUAUGAGCAAGAAACCAAAGUACACACUAAGCAGUGACAUAGAACCUGAGCAGCAAAUUGCACACAAAAAAAAUAAAGGAAAAAAAAUGAAUCCAGCAGCAAAGAAAAGAAAACUAGAUGAUGCUUCUGUACAACCAAAGAGAAAUGAAGUUGAUAAGAAUGUUAGAGGAACACUGAUCAUUUGCCCGCUUUCUGUCCUAAGUAACUGGAUUGACCAGCUUGAACAACAUGUUGAUCCAAAUAUUCAACUGGACAGUUAUGUUUACUAUGGCUCAGAACGCAGCAAAGAUACGACAGUACUUUCCAAGCAGCAUAUUGUCUUAACAACAUACAACGUUUUAGCUACUGACUAUGGGAGCAGAAGUAAUAGUCCUUUGCAUAAAUUAAAGUGGCUGAGAGUUGUGUUGGAUGAAGGACAUACAGUACGAAAUCCAAAUGCUCAACAGACAAAAGCUGUUCUAGAUCUAAAUGCACAAAGAAGAUGGAUUUUGACAGGCACACCUAUUCAGAAUUCUUUAAAGGACUUGUGGUCUCUCCUUUCCUUCCUGAAGUUGAAGCCUUUUACAGACAGAGCAUGGUGGCACAGAACAAUCCAGCGGCCUGUCACUAUGGGAGAUGAAAGAGGGCUUAAACGUUUACAAUCCCUAAUUAAGAGCAUUACUCUUCGAAGAACUAAAACAAGCAAAGUUAAUGGGAAUCCAGUUUUGAAGCUCCCAGAACGCAAAGUAUUUAUUCAGCAUAUUACACUUACAGACGAAGAAAGUGUUAUCUAUCAGUCUGUGAAAAAUGAGAGUAAAGCUGCUAUAAGCAGGUAUUUUACUGAGGGGAGCAUCUUGGCCCACUAUGCAGAUGUUCUUGGUGCUUUGCUCAGAUUGAGACAAUUGUGUUGUCACCCUUGGCUCUGUCCCAAUGUAUCUCCAUCCAGUUCUGUAGAAAGUAAUUCUGAAGAACUCCGUGACAGAUUAAUACAAAAGAUGAAGUUAGUUCUAAGCUCUGGAUCAGAUGAAGAAUGUGCUAUUUGCUUAGAUUCACUGGCUUUUCCUGUGAUAACACACUGUGCCCAUGUGUUUUGUAAGCCAUGCAUCUGUGAGGUCAUCCAAAGAGAGAAGGCAAAUGCCAAAUGUCCUCUUUGUAGGAAGGAAGUUUCAUCAGAACAUUUAAUAGAAUGCCCUUUGGAGGAAACUCAUAAUGAAAAAAACACUAAACAGGAAUGGGUAUCUAGUUCAAAGGUCAAUGCACUGAUGCAUGCUUUGAUUGAACUAAGAAACCAAAAUCCAGCUAUUAAGAGUUUAAUUGUUUCACAGUUCACAAAAUUUCUGUCUGUAAUAGAAACUCCACUAACGGAAUCUGGGUUUGCCUUCGUUCGUUUAGAUGGGUCUAUGACUCAGAAACAAAGAGUAGAAGCAAUUCGGCAGUUCCAAAGCAAUGAAACUGGGUCUCCAACUUUAAUGCUGUUAUCACUGAAAGCCGGUGGAGUUGGUCUGAAUCUAACAGCAGCUUCCCGGGUAUUUUUAAUGGAUCCUGCUUGGAAUCCUGCUGCAGAGGACCAGUGCUUUGACAGAUGUCACAGACUUGGGCAGAAGCAGGAUGUUACCAUCACCAAGUUCAUUGUGAAGAAUUCUGUGGAAGAAAAUAUGCUUAAAAUCCAGAAGAAGAAGAGGGAACUUGCAGUUGGAGCCUUUGGAACCAAAAAACCUUCUGCUAGUGAAACAAAAAUGAGUGAAAUCAGGACUCUGAUGGAUAUGUAAUUUAAAAUAUUGGAACAAAUUCAUCUGUAUAAAUAAGGGUGAUGUUACAUGUUCAAACAGCAUGAUGGUUAAAAAUGUGUGUAAUAAUUUUGAGUUUUUUAAAACUUUUGUUCCAAACAGCAAAUGAGGAAGAAUCAUUAGUAUAUUUAACUCAUACUAGGCAAAUGGUCCAGAGCAGUAACAAACUCUCAUGUAGUGAACUCAGUCUAAAUUUUACGUUUCUAUAUUGACAGCAAAGCUUCGUUAGAGUUGAACAUAUAUAGUAUAUAAUCAAAAUGAUGUUCUUGAUUCUGACUAAUUUUUAUGUAAACACCUAAGUUGUAAAAUUUUUGCUAGGAGUAUAUCUACAUCUGUUGCAAGUUUACUUUGUAAAUGCUGAAGCUUUGCACUCUGGAGUUUAAUGUUUCUGUGUAUUGCGUUUUGUAUUAGACUAUAUAUUAGCAACUGAAUAGAACAAGGCAUACAAAUAAUGUGUAUUAGCAUAAAAUAAAGAAGAGAUGCAUAUGCUAGCAGUGGCAUCCCUGCCAACUCUACCCCAUACUUCCCCAAGUUAGUGGAAGCAUCUGAAAAGGGAGUCAAGGUGUGUUCAACUGAACAGAGAGAGUUAAGUAAAAGUAUCAGGCUUGUAAACCUCCUUUAUGCCUGCAUUAGGUUUGUGUUUACUGGAAAAUAAGUAAUCAUUUGAACUGAGUUUCCACUGUCAGGAGUAGCAUAAAACUAUUACUGUGAAUUUCUAGGCAAAUAAAAUUGUUUAUUGAGACUUUGGGCUGCUCUAUUAA